AUGCAGUACGAAGAACAAGCUCGUGAGUGCUCACACAAUGGUCACAAUGAUAUACGGUGUCAGCCAAUGCACAUCUAUCGGGCCACCAGGCGAUCCUCUCAGCCAUCCUACGUACCUGAUCACAGAGGUCGACUCUCGACCCUCUUGAACGCGCCCGAUCCAAAUGAUCAGGUGGGCGUCCAAGAUCAAGAGAGUAAACAGCCGCCGUCAGCAGUGGAUUCACACCAGGUAGCAUCCGGACGGGAAUCUGGAGGGGCGUCGUCCAAGAAUGCACAACUCCCGUCCAUGGGAUCGUCAUCAUCAUCCUCAUCCUCAUCACAUUCUCGUCCUGGGACGCGAGGAUCAGGGGUUGGAGGGAUGGUGAGCGCUGUGUCACCCCGCGGAGACAGCACAGGUUCGCGUACACAGUUUCAUGCGCCACUCGAGCCCGAAGUGGUGGCCAAGCUGGAUGAUGUCUUUUUCAAAUUCUUGCAGCGCAUUUGCUCCGAUUUGAACGCCUGUGAUGCCAAAGGAGAUCAUAUCCAUCAGCCUCUCAUGGCUAAAAAGAUGCAGCGCCUCGAAGCAUCCACAGACUUCCGACCAUUCAAGUUCCGAAUCCAGGCAUUCACAAACGCGUUUCACGAUGAUCUCGUGAUGAACGGUCUGACCGAGGAUAUUCUUCCGCUCCGUAAGGUCAAGCUCUACCUCUGGAAGCACCGGUACAUCUCCCGGUUCAACGAGGACGGCAAAAAGCAGAAAUCCAAGGGAAAUCAUGUCUGGAACAUCGAGGCCCGCAAGAUUCUAAACCCGACUGGGACGGGGAUGGUAGGACCAGGAUAUGAUCAAAGUAGCGGUAACGGUAAUCGUAGUAGUGGCAGCGGUGACUCAGUCAUGGACCUGAAAGGUGUCGGACCGGAGGCGAUCGCUGCGGCCGGCGGCGGGUUGGGUAUAGUGCGACGGCAGACGAGUCCUGUGCGGUGGGAGUUCCGAGAAUAUUCGAGUCGGAUUGCAGGACAAGUCAUCAAGUUUGCGAGGGUGGGCGUCCCUUAUGUCUAUUCGCCUCGGAUCUGGGAUGCGCAGAUGUCGUGCCCUGCCGCAAAGUUCAGUAGCCCAUGGCUCCCAGGUUGGUUGAAAUGGCACAAGGGAGAGCUCAAGGGAAUUCCAGGCCCAGAGGACGAGUCCUGUACGAUCACCGUCAUUGCAGAAUAUGUCCGCGAGGGUGAAGAAUGCCGGUUAGAAAUGUCCUUUCCACUCACAGUAUCCGAUCCAUCCAAGGAAGGUGAGCUGAUGGACUCACAGAAUGAGCAUGAGGAUGAAGAUGAGUUGGAUGAGCAAGACUAUGACGACCGGGAUCACCAGCAGGACCCUGAUCGGGUCAUGGAGACGGAUUCCGGAGGUGGCACCGUUGUAGGUCAACACAGCUGGCAUCAUCAGCGUAGUAACCAACAUCAGCAUCAUCACCAUCAUCAUCAGCAGCAGUACAGCCAUGUUCAAGUACAACUACAACAACAGCACCAGCAGACACAGCAUCAGCAGACGCAGCAUCAGCUCCAACAACUGCAUUUACAGGAGCGGCCGCUUUCAUUGCCCCAUCAGCAGCAACAGUCCGGGAGUGAGGAUGAACUAGGUACAAGUGACGAGCCGCAAGAUAUGGGCGAGGGAGAGGACGACAUGGACGAGGAUGGCGGCGAGGACGGAACGUUGUGUGUCCGCAAGCAGUCGCGAGAACGGCGAUCACUGAUCCUCACACAGGAGACCAAGCGGAGAAAGCACGACUGA